AUGGCGACUAAUUUUUCUCGCUUGCCUCCACUUCCACCGUUACGUGAUUUCAUCCAUAUGUACCGCCUUCGAGCUAAAAAGGUGCUCUCACAGAACUAUCUUAUGGAUAUGAAUCUUACGAGAAAGAUCGUGCGAACAGCAGGUGUUCAACCAGGCGACUGGGUUUGCGAAGUGGGACCUGGUCCAGGUGGUAUAACUCGUGCUAUAUUAGAAGCAGAUUGCGAACGGUUAGAUGUAGUAGAAAUCGACCAUCGCUUCAUACCUCCCUUAGAGCUCCUCGCCGAAGCCUCAGACGAUCGUCUUCGCAUUCAUCGUGCUGAUGUAUUGAAGACUAACAUUGGUGACCUUUGGAAUGAUGGGGGCUCCCAGAGAGCUUGUGAAUGGUCCGAUGAUCCUCCAAAUAUGCAUAUCAUUGGAAAUCUUCCGUUCAACAUAGCUUCACCAUUGAUAAUCAGGCUUCUGAAGGAUAUGUCAUAUAGACGAGAUGCGUGGCGGUACGGGCGAGUUCCGUUGACGUUGACGUUCCAGAUGGAAGUCGCCAAGAGAAUCUGCAGUCCUAUCGACUGUGAUUCUAGAGCGCGAAUUUCGAUUAUGGCCCAAUAUCUAGCCGAGCCGAAAUUACUGUUUAGGAUUCCUGGAGCAUGUUUUGUUCCGAAACCGGAUAUCGACGUUGGCGUUGUACGUUUUAUACCGCGCAUACAACCGUUGAUAAGUGCUCCAUUCGAGGUUGUCGAAAAGUUGUGCCGACAAGUCUUUCAUUAUCGACAAAAAUACAUGAUCAAAGGAUUGAAAACGCUAUAUCCAAAAGAGUUCAACUCUGGUAUCGAGGAAUUCGCUGAUUUGGCCGCUGGCUAUGAGAAACAGUGUAGAAGUAUGCCUGGAUUGUUUUUGUACGACUACGUGAAACCAAAACACACUGUAGAAAUGUUGGCUCAAAAACCAGGCGCGAUUCCUCCGGAGAACCCCUAUCGAUUGGAGAAAGUGCCGUCGGAGGGUAUACGAUUAUCGGAUGCUGACAAAUUUCUUAGCUAA